GACAAGAUACCCCGUCAAUUAUUCUAAAAGUUAAAUGUAUAUAAUAACGUUUCUAGGAAGAAAAAUCAAAGCAACUGCUAAAAUCUUUUGUAAAAUUCUAGUAAGAUUCUAGUCCUGUGACGUAAACACUUACCGUAACUCGUUCUCCUUGGGAAUUGUAAACAAUAUGGCGUCCGCAAGCACGACUAGCAGCAAAAAAUCUGAAAAAGAACGGUUGAAAAAUGAGCUUGGAGAAGCAACAGAAAAAGGAGAUGUUGAUAAAGUCAAACAGAUCCUUGAAAAAGUAACUGUGAAUGCGGAUUUGAAGAUAAAAAGAGAAGGGCUUGGUAAAAGCCCACUACUUAUUGCCUGUACUUACGGUCAGAUUCCAGUUGUGGAAGAAUUUCUUCAGUCAGGAGCUGACCCCUUGUCACGUAUGUCAAAUGGUAGGACAACAGUACAUGAAGUUUGUGUUGGUGGACACCAUGAAUGUUUACGCCUGCUCCUAAAAUACACAGAUCAGGUCAAUGUUAAGGACAGGGAUGGACAAACACCAGCUCACCUUGCAGCCUUCAAUGGAGAAGUUAAAUGUUUGAAAAUUCUAUCAGAAAUAGGUGCCAAUCUAGUCACUGAAGAUUACAAGGGGAGACAAUGUGCUCAUUUAGCUGCCAUGAGGAAUCACAAGAAAGUUUUACAGUUCCUAUUUGACCUUGGAGUUGACCUUGACUGUAGAUGUGAGAAUGGGAAGACACCGGUACAUUAUGCUGCUCAAUAUGGAGCUCUACAGUGCCUGAUUUUACUAGUUCAAAGAGACUGUGAUAUUACAUUAGGAGACAACAAUGGCUAUCUGGCCUUGCAUCACUGUGCCAAGAACAACAAACUUGACUGUGCCAGAUUUCUUGUCAAACAGGGAACAUCAUUAGAAGCUACACAGGCGGAUGGCAAAACACCAGCUCAUGUGGCAGCCUUGAAUGGUUCAAUAGAUGUGUUACAUUGGUUACUGGAUAAAGGGGCAGAUCCAAAUAGUCAAGAUUAUUUUGGAAACACACCUGGUCACUAUGCCAGUGAGGGAGGGUUCCCAAAUUGUUUGAACUGUUUCCUACAGCAUGACGGAGAGAUUGACAUACAGAACAUAAAAGGUGACAUGCCGCUUGAUACAGCCAGGAAAUAUGGUCAUCCUUUACUCAUGGAAAAAGGAGUCAAGAAUGAAGAUCCAUGUCCUCAGUGCUAUGAAAAAUACAAGAAGGUACAAUGGGACACAUUGCACCCACCUGCUAAUGUGGAAAGAAAUAUUACUAUUGCUGGUUCUAGUGCUUACAGAAACCCAGUGCCUCCUGGACAGAAGAUACCUACACAGUUGCAGCAAAAUUUGAUGAAGCACGAGGCACGGCGUAAGAAAGAAGCUCCCAAGAAAGUAGUCCAAGAUAGAGAUAUGGCAUCCAAGUUUUAUGGAGAUCAUCUUGAUCCAAAUGAACUGUUUAAAUUUAAGGUGCCAGAAGGCAAAGAACAGUCACUACACCUGUAGGGUUUAUUAUGAGAUUAUUUAUUGACAUAUCGGAAGGUCACAGAGGUCGUCCCUGUGUUUUUCACUGCUUUUUACCAAGAAAGGUUGUUCUAGCAUCAAAUAUAUGAAAUCUGUGCCAAUUUGAAUUUAGUUCAGCUCUUUUCCUCAACUUAAAAUUUAGUCACAACUUUCAAACAAUGUUACAUAUGUGCUGUCUUGUACAUAACUAGACAAUUGUUGCCUUGGUUAUAACCAUUGUAGAUUAUAUGUAUUAAAGUCAUUAUGCACUUUUCGGGAAAGUUAUCUGGAAAUGGCAUGGAGCAACCAAGUAUAAACCUCUAAAAAUGGGGGCUGCAGCAGUCUGAAAACAUUAUAACUUAAAAAAUAGACAACAAAUCUAGCAUUUUUUAACUGCAUUUAAAAUUUUAACGCUUUCAGUGUUUUAUUAUAUUAAGUAAAGAGAAUUAAAACAUUUUUCUUUAAAUAAAGUUUACUCGAGAUUUAUACGCAAUUGCAAGUUAUGCUAAGUAAUAUUGGAAUCGGCAGAUCUUGACUUAUCAUUGGAUGGAGUAUGAGAACUCACUUACUAACUAUUUCCGUAUAUUUGAUUUACAUCACCUGUAAACUGAGCUGAAAAAAUAUAUAAAAUUUUAGAUUGAAGUAAGUUAAUUGAAUUUAACUGGAAUUCAUCAGGAGUCAUUUGUAGUUAUAUGAGUGAUGUGCUUAAUUUAAGUUUAUUGCCACUAGUAGGCAUAUUAUAUGUCAGAAUAUAUAUAUAUAGCGAUGUCACAUCAACAUUUUGGUAAAUGACAAUCAUUUUACUGAAAUUCACUGUGCUACAUGCCAGUCUGUAGUAAACUUGAAAUGGAAAAAAGUUUCCAGUUUUCAUAGGCAAUGGAAGUUUAGUAUACCUUGCAGGGUGGCCACCCACUCUGGAAAACAGGGAAAACAGGGAAAAAGGCUAAAACAAAUUCCCUGCAUGGAAAAUUCAGGGAAUUUGAAAAUUUUGAAAAAAUCAGGGAAUUAUCAGGGAAUUUUUCAAAAAUUGAAAGAAAAAAUUUAAAAGAGUGUAUGUCUUGGCUACUGGUGGUUUCUCUUCUUCAUAACAGUUACAUUUAUUUCAUAUAAUACAGAAUACUAUACUUAGCAAAUGCGCUCACUGUUUGAUGAUUCUAAAACUGUUACUCAUCAACUAUAAGAGAUAUGUUUUUGUUUCUAAAAUGGAGAGAAGCUAAAAUGGAAUUGAGCAACCAUUGCCCCAGAGCUCAAAUACUAAUACAUUUAUUAUGAACAAAUAGUUUUGUUUGUCUUAAGAUGUUGGAGUAAUGAUCCUUUUAUUAAUCCCCCGCCACAAGUGGGGGGGGGUUAUAGAAAUGGUCUCCAUCCAUCCUUCCGUAACAUUUUGUGUUCGCUCUGUAUCUCCUUAACCCCUUGAAGGAUUUUCAUGAAACUUGGGUCAAAUGAUCACCUCAUCAAGAUGAUAUGCAGAACCCAUGAGUCAGCCAUGUUGGUUCAAGGUCAAGGUCACAACUCAAGGUCAAAGGUUUGAGCCUUCCAUUUCGUGUCCACUCUGUAUCUAUUAAACCCCUUGAAGGAUAAUCAUGAAACUUGAAUCAAAUGAUCACCUCAUCAAGACAAUGCAGAACCCAUGAGUCAACCAUGUUGGCUAUAGGUCAAGAUCACAGCUCAAGGUCAAAGGUUUGAGCCUUCCAUUUUGUGUCCGCUUUGUAUUUCCUAAACCCCUUGAAGAAUUUUCAUCAAACUUGGGUCAAAUGAUCACCUCAUCAAGACGAUAUGCAGAAUUGAUGAGUCAGCCAUGCUGGCUCAAGGUCAAGGUCACAUCUUAGAGUCAAAGGUUUGAGCCUUCCAUUUUGUGUCCAUUCUGUAUCUGCUAAAACCCUUGAAGGAUUUACAUUAAACUUGGAUCAAAUGAUCACCUCAUCAAGAACUCAUGAGUCAGUCAUGUCAACUCAAGGUCAAGGUCACAACUCAAGGUCAAAGGUUUGAGCUCUGUAUCUCCUAAAACCCCUUUUAGGAUUUUCAUGAAACUUGGCUCAAAUGAUCACCUCAUCUAGACGAUGUGCAGAAUUCAUGGGUCAGCCAUGUCAGUUCAAGGUCAAGGUCACAGCUCAAGGUCACAGCUCGAGGUCAAAGGUUUACCCUUUCACUAUCCAUACCAGUGGCGGGGGAUUAAGCUGUCUUUCAGACUGCCUUGUUAAAAUACACACAAGUCUCCUGUUAAACAUUUUCUGAAUUUUUAUUUCUGAUAUUUCAACAAUUAAAUUUCAACAAUAAUAUUUCUUCACUUUCACAAAGUUACUAAGAUUAAAACACAGAGUUUCCUUUAAAAUUAAUUACACAGAGUUGAUCACUAAGAGUCCUUGAUUUGUUCACAAAGUAAAGUGACUAGCUUAAGUAACACAAAGUAUCUAUAUAUCAGGUUUAUAUACCUUCUUAUGAUUUGGCUUAUUAAAGGAUGCAUCACUUUUGAAAAUCAUCAGACAACAACAAUCUGAUUAGGUCUAAAACCUGGAAGUCUUUGGUGAUAAAACAAAUAUUUAAAUCUAUUAAAUAAAGAUCUUUAGAUAAAUACCAUUGACAACUUCUUAAAGAGACUGGACACAAGUGCUAUAAGGCAAACACCUUAGCUUUCUUGACAUAUAUAAGAUUUGCACAGAUUAUGAUGAUAAAGAAAUGAAUUUUCAAAAUACAAACUAAAUCAAACAUUGAAAUAAUAUUUAGACCUCAAAAUUAAAAGUAUAAUUUUCAAAAUCUACAUGUUUUAAUGAGAAUUUUGAAAUACAAUAAUGUUUAUUUUUGUUUUUACAUGAUAUGUUACAGUAUAUGAUGUUCUGUAAUAGAAAAUUAUGCAUCAUAAAACAUUGUACCUUGAAAGCAAGCAGAAGUUGUUACACAACUAAAAACUAAAAUGAAUUGAGUGUCAGUACAUUACUGACAUUAACAAAAUGUAUACCAACAUUUGAAUCAUGCAUUAGAAGUACCUGUGUAUUGGUAGUAGUUGCUUGUUAGGCUUUUGCUAGUUAUUAACAAACAUUAACAUUAGUCUUGAAUAGCAUAAUCAUGAAAUGUAUUUUUAAAACCAUAAAAUUAGCAACUUCAUGAGAAAACUCUUUGGCUUUGAAACCAAUAAUGGAAACAAGACUAGCCUGUACAUUCUGUGUAGUCUGGUCAGGAUCCAUGUUGUUUGUUUGUGCACAUUAACUGUAACAGCCAUAGGUCUAUAAAGUUAAAAUGAACAGGAUGGUUCCUGAUCAGAGUACAGGCUUUUUUAAUCCAUACUGGCCACAAAGUCAUUAUGCUGGUGUCCCAUGUCAUGACUUGAGUUUAAAUUAAACUCAGUUUACCAGAAAGAUGAAAUUGUUGUUAUGAAUGCAAGGUGUUGACAGUUGUAUGCUAAUUUAGUGGACUAAUUCAUUUUCGAAGAAACUUUUAUGUCAAAUCUUGAAGACCAUUUGUCUAGAUUUAAUAUUUUUCUUUAAAGUUAAAAGUUAAACAGUGUCUUUGUGGCAUUGUAAAGGAGAAUGUUAAAAAUCAGGCUCAGUUCAUUUACAUUAAAACAUGAUAACUGAUUAAAGCUGUAAUCACAUUGUUAAUUUGAAUAAUCAAUGUUAUAGGCAAUAAAAGACACUGGAAUUAGUAUCACAACAAGUUACAAAAUAAAUAAUGGUAUGUACAUGUAUGUGAAAUGUAAGUCAUUGCUGCUGAAGUAUUGAAGUUUUCUUUUCUUGAGCUGUUUUGAGUUGUUACCAUGCUUACUACUCUUACUGAAGUUGCUCAAUGAGACCUUAAAUUACCUAUAUAAUUGGUUAUUCAAACAGGAUUCUGAAAAUAAAAUAAAUAAUUAAUAUAUUUUGAAAAUAUAAUAACUAAAUAUAAUUUCAUAUGUAUAUAAAAUAGAUGUAAAAUAAAGUUUAUUGGUGGAGAGGGUAUAUAUAGAAGGGGAGGAUGGAGGCCAUAAUAUUACUACAUUUAUAUUCACAAUUGUUGCUAUGCCGAACAAAGUAUCAGGGAAACUGACUAACCUGUCGGGGAAAAUUCAGGAAAUUAUCAGGGAAAUUUACUUCGGAUUUUUGGUGGCCACCCUGCCUUGGAAUACCUGCCUUCAUUCAAAGCUGAUCUUGAUGUAAAUGUAGCAUUUUUGACAUGGUAAGCUUGGCUCUGUCUUUGAAUAUACUUUACCAUUCAGCUGCUUCUGCGAUAUUUUUUUACUAAGAUAAUGAUCGAGAUAUCUUUGUUGACUUUUUUUUUUUGUUUUGUUUUUUACAAUCUGGAAAAUUGUUUCUUUUAUGUUCAGUAUUUUAUUAUCUUUGGUCACCUCUUGAAUUUCCUGAUGAAACGUUUGCAAAGUGUUUCUAAAUAUAACAAUAUGUAAGAAAAAAAAAGAAAUUGACACACACCAUAUUCAAAUGUGUUUGCUAUUGUUAAACAUCUUCAGUACUUCUGUUGUAAAAAUGUAUUCAUUUAUAAAGUAAUUUGCAGAUUUUAGCAGUAUGACUAUGCAUUCUAACACUAUCCGAUUCAUUUUCCUAUUAAACAAAGAAGACUGAAAACAGUGAAUUACUAUACAACAAUUCACUGUUCUGAAGUCACAAUUAUUACGUCAUAGCGGCGUGCUGGAAAAGAAACCGAUUGAAAACGGGCAACUGUUUAAUGAAUGCCGUCAAGGAUGUACUUUAAAGUCCUUGGUAACGUGUUAGAAUCGAAAUAAUAUAUCUCAUUUAGUGAUUUGCUCUUGAAUAAAAUCAUUGAAUGUCGUUCAGAUGCGUAUUAUUGUAUCACUCGGGCUGCGCCCUCGUGAAAUAAUUCCUUUGCAUUUGAUCUCCAAACAAUGAUUUAUUCAGCAACAAAUCACUAAAUGAGAUAUAUUAUUUCUUAAUCAAAAAAUAGUACAGACUUAAUUUAUAGAGUUCAGUGAUUUAAUGUAACUGACUUAGAUUAUAAGAGAAUGUUUUUGCAUGUAUUUAUUGAAGUUUUACUAUUCCUGAAUGAAUGACAUUUUUACUAUUCUUGAAUGAAUGACAUAAAAGUUAUUGGAAUGUUCUAUUCAAGGCAGAUAUAUGUUGUUAAAUUACUAUUUUUGCUCAAAAAUAACAAGACUUGGUAAUAGAUGAUUUUAUGAUUGCUUGUUUAUCUGUAUGUUUGAGAAAAGGUGUUAUAAGUGGAUAGUAUUGUUGUCACAUCUUCAACUGAAUAAUGUGAUAUAUUUUUGUGAUUAUAUUGUAAAUGUAUUAAAUUUGUUAUUUCUGAA